CACCCUGUAUAUACCGGCCCUGCAUAGAGUGUACAGUAUUUUGAAUAAUCUUUUACUUACUCACGUAAAUUUGUUAUUAUUCCACACAUGUUUUGGUGUAUUUAACGCCAUUUGUAACUUUGUAACUAUAUAAUAUAAUUUAGUUGUUUUCGAACAAAUAUCGUAGAUUCGUAGCAUGUAUUAGAAUUUUUGCUAUAGUUUAGUGAAUCAAAGAGAUUAGAUUAUAAUAGAGAUUAUAAUCUCUUUGAAAUUAAAUAUAGAUAGCUACAGCCCCUAAGAGCUAAUAUCGUCCAUAUCAUCAUAAUUUUAUUGAAUAUACUAGACACAGUCAUAAACUAGACAUCGUUUCAUUGUAAGGUUUCAUACCAGUGCCGUAAUUAUUUAACUUAAUAUACACAGUAGUUAGGUAGCAUCAGGUAGUAUAAUCUGGUAUGAUUCGUGCAUGCUGUGAGGUCCGUGGCGCCAACAAAUGUGAGUCGCACAGUACGGCAUGUCAGAAUUAAAAGGUUUUUUCAUUUUGACGGUACAAUUGAUUUCCAUUGCAAGUACUACCGGCUCGAUAGGAGACAGAUCGCAAUUUUACAAUUUAUGCCUUGCUAAAUGUCGUGACAGCAAUUGUGAUAGCGAUGGAGGCUUUAAAGUACAACCAUCUGUACCAAUGAGACUUCUACGCUGGUCUUGUAAAGAAGACUGUAGUUAUGGGUGUACCUGGGAGACAGUUAAUUAUUUCAUUUCUCAUGGUUCAAAUAUUCCUCAGUUUCAUGGAAAAUGGCCGUUUGUUCGUUUCUUUGGAUGUCAGGAACCUGCAUCUGUAAUGUUUUCUUUAUUAAACUUUUAUUGUCAUGUUAACAUGUAUUGGAAAUUUAAGAGAAAAUUAAGACCUAAUGUUCCCAUGUUUUAUAUAUGGACUUACUUUAGUAUGAUAUGCAUACAUGGCUGGUUUUGGUCUUCUAUUUUUCAUGCACGAGACACUCCAUUUACAGAAGUAAUGGAUUAUUCUAGUGCAUUUAUUAUGGUCCUUACAUUACUGUAUUGUAUGCUAUUAAGAAUAACGUACAACAGUAAUAAAAUGUUUGCUGUGAUCACAUGCGGGUAUCUUAGUACUUUAUAUACGCAUUUAUCUCAUUUAUGGUCUGGUUAUAUUAAUUAUGACUAUAAUAUGAAAUUCAAUGUAGCUAUAGGACUUUUAACAUUUGUCAUAACAAUGAUAUGGUGGCAUCGUAAUCGUAAAAGAUUACCUUAUAUUCACUUGAUUGGAUGGUUUAACAUAUUAACUGUUCUUGUUACCAUAUUAGAAGUAGCAGAUUUUGCACCAAUAUUUUGGAUAUUUGAUGCUCAUUCUUUGUGGCAUGCUAGUACAGCUCCUCUUACAAUUUUAUUAUACAGAUUCAUGAUGGCAGAUUGUGCUCAUUUGCAGACACACUAUAGUAAAUUGACAUUAGACAUUGAUCACCACAUACGAUAAAUUAGCAGUAUUAUUAAUUCCUACACAUUUUUUCAGUACCACUUACGAUGUAAACAUUUAUUUUUAUACAGAUUAUUUGAUGCACUAUUCAUUUGUUCAUUUGUAGGUAAAAAAUGUAUUACUUACAUGUAUUUGAAAAAUAAUAGAACAAAUUUUAAUUUUA